UUCUGUCUGGCCCUUCUUCUGCCACCUCUCUCUCUCUCUCUCUCUCUCCAUCUUGACCUGGGAGCAGACAUGGAGAGUUGAAGAUUUAGAAAACGAAAUCUUCCCAUCUGGUGAUGAUCUCAGAAGGAGAUGAGAUGGGCGAGAAGCUGAGCGACGAAGAGGAGCUCUAGAAGAGGACCGACUCUUCAUUCUUAUCCUUUAAACCUUCCACCCAACUCUCCAUCUCUUCUUCCUCCUCUUAAAAUACCCAUCUCAUUUUCCAUUCCUUCCGAUCACCUCCAUACUUACCACCUUAUAAUCUAUCAACAAAGCAAGCCCAUGAAGAGGCCCAGUAGCUCAGACUCCUUUGGAGGACUGCAAGAGAAGGAACCUGUGCAAGAGAAAGAGAAGUACGAAGAGAGAUUCCAGUCCAUGAUGGAUGGAGUGGAGUGGGAAGACGAAGAGCUGUGCUCCAACGGUCGCUCAGCUCUGGGAGAGAAGAAGCGCCGGCUGAGCGUGGACCAGGUGAAGACCCUGGAGAAAACCUUCGAGGUGGAGAACAAGCUGGACCCGGACCGGAAGGCCCGGCUGGCCCAAGAUUUAGGCCUCCAGCCCCGGCAGGUGGCGAUCUGGUUCCAGAACCGCCGCGCCCGGUGGAAGUCCAAGCAGAUGGAGGGCGACUACGCCGCCCUCCGGGCCCGCUACGAGACUCUCAAGAUCGACUGCGACGCCCUCCUCCAUGACAAAGAGAAGCUCGCCGCCGAGAUAAAGCAGCUUAAAGCCAAGUUAGCAAACUCUGCAACUAUAACGAGAUUGGAGAACAAAGACGCCGAGGAGAGGCCGGCUUUGAUAUUUAGGGACGGGGCUUCGGACAGCGAUUCGAGUGUGGUGUUUAAUGAUGAGAACAGCCCUUAUUCUAGGGUGGUGCUCGACCAAGACUACUUUACGGGAUUCAGAUCCUACUCCUCCUCUUCGUCUUUGUUUGAGAGCAGAGCUUUAGGUCAGAAGGACUACUUGGAGGAGGGGUUUGUGAGCGGGGAGGAGCUUUGCAGUGCUUUGUUCUCCGAGGAGCAGGAGCCGAGCCUCUCUUGGUACUGCUCCAAGGGGUGGGAGUGAGCAAGAAACUUUGGGGGAUCCUUUUAAAAAUGGCAGUGUAAAUAGAGCUUCUAUAGUGUGAACCGUGCCAAAAGGGACAUAGUUUUCGGCGCUGGAGAGGACAGGAGGAAAGCGACUUAUCUUCUUUUCUAACUCAAAAACUCGCUGUUUUCUCUGUAUGAAGUUUUAGUGGUGGACUCGUCACCUUGGUUAGAGUUGAGGGGAGAUGGCAUGGGGAAUAAAGGGGUGUUGUUGGGUGUAGAUAGGAUAUUUGUAGGCGGUAAGCGGGGAAUGUUUCACUUCUUUGGGCAAGAUAACGUCUAUAUAUCUUUAUCAUUGUUAUUAAAGUACUAAUAUAUCGAACAUUAUUUGUAAUUGAGAUUUUACAAAAUAAUCUUUUUAUUAUUAUAA